AUGAGCAAUGGCACUGGAGAAGACCUUUGGAAAUUUCUUGAGACUGUAUAUAAGAGCCCAGUUCCCAUUCCUGGUAGUUCUAUUUCUAUUCCCGUACCAAAUUCUAAAGUGAGAAACUUGACCGAAUAUUACAGUGCCGUUGAUGCUCACAAUAUGAUGAUCAUAUUUGCUUCCAUGCUGUACGAACGUCGAAUUAUCUUCACUUCGAAACGCCUCUCGAGAUUAAGUGCUUGUGUUCAAGCAUGUAACGCCUUAAUUUAUCCUAUGAUUUGGCAACACAUAUACAUCCCAGUUCUACCAUUGUCUUUAAUUGAUUAUUUAUUGGCGCCAAUGCCAUUUUUAAUUGGUGUACCUACACCAACCCUUCAGAGAGUACGUAAAAGCGAUUUAGGAGAAGUAGUUAUAUUGGAUGCCGACGUAAACACCAUAGAGUCUCCGUUUCAAGACUUGGAGUCUUUACCUCAGGAUGUAGUGGCAAACUUGAAAAAGGCAUUGCGCAACAGAUCUGCCUUACUCGGAGACGGUGUGUCAAGGGCAUUUUUGCGAGCGUUGGUGCAAUUAACAGCUGGCUACAGGGACGCAUUAACGUUAGAGCAAGGACAAAGUAUUACGUUUAAUCAGAAUGCAUUUGUGGAAAGCAGACCAUCGUCAAUGCAACCCUUCUUGCGAAAAAUGUUGGAAUUACAGAUAUUUCAACAAUUCAUAGAAGAAAGACUGAAUAUGCUUAAUUCAGGGCUUGGUUUUUCUGACGAAUUUGAAAUGGAGGCCUGCAGCUAUUCUGCUAAAUCUGGUAGCAAAUUUAUGCAACAAUAUCGCGAAUGGACUUACGCUAUGCGAAAAGAAAGUUCUGCGUUUUUCCGCAGUGUGAAGGACAAGGCCGAUCAAAUAGAAACGAUACAAGUAUGAGGUUUCAUCAACCAAGAUCAGCGCCUAGUUCACCCACAUCGGAUAGAAGGCCUAUCGAUUUUACAUCUCCACCUAAAUCGCCAAAUGGUUUCACAGCCACCACUAGUUAUAGAAAAGAUCUUCGAUUACGUAACAGUAAUUUCACUGAUUCGAGGAAACAAUAUUCGCCAUUAAGCCCUAGUUCCCCGGAAGAAUCUGAUUCUCCACCAGAAAGAGUGAAUAUCGAUCUAAUGCAGGAACUCCGUCAUGUGAUAUUUCCAAAUAGUCCACCCGUUGAUAGAACAUUGAAACCAGUGCGCAGUUUAGACAGCUUGAGACCUGCAUGGAGUGGGCAUAUACGGCACGGCCCUCCACCUAGUACAAUUGUCACAAACCAAACUGUCACUCCUUCCGUAAAAACUACAUCCUGUACUCCGCAUUCCACCACGUUGAUCAAUUCGGCCAAUCAAUCGAGCAUCAUGCUAAAUACAAACGACAACACGUCAAGCUCUCAAAUUAGCGCAAAUAAUAGAACGUUUCCGUUUAGCGCGUUGGACUCGAAACAACCAAAUAAAACGGGAGAGGAAACCGAUAGAUCGUCGCUUCUGCCCGUUUCACAGAGAAGCAACGAUAACAUUCAGUCGAACAAUUUUUUACACGAGAUUCACGCAGUUGAAUUUACGAAAUACAAUACUUCGUCGUAUUCUCGGAAAGCUGACGUAAAACAAUGUACAAGCGAUGUUGAAAAUUCUGCGGGAAGCACCACGUUUUACGGCGACGAUGCUUACCCAAUACACGAUUCUGAUCUUUACCCGAAAGAGAACGAUCCUUUUGACACUAGCAAAGUAUUUAUGCUUCCCUAUUUGCAAUCACCGAUCUUUCAAGCUACAAAUGCAUCGUUGCCUGUUAAUUGUCACGUUCCAUCCCAUGUAUACAAUAGUACAUCUUGUCCUGCAUAUUCAAAGGAGUCUCCCGAAGUGCCAGAUUUAAUUAGAUUAGAUUCGACAACGAGCAACGACGACUUCGACCCGCUACUUUCUAAAUCAUCCGAAUGUUCUAAACAAAUGACUCAAUCGUUGAAUAUACCUGAAAUGAGCGAAGGUCUUAGUAAUCCUUUGUACCCCUACUUUCAACCAUUGCACAAAAGUAACGAUAAGCAACAGAGAUCUUCCGACAAUGCCGGUGAUUUGGAUUUGCUGCAAGCCUACGGUUUGGAUUUCAAUAAGUUCAACAUAAGCAACGGCGACUCGCCAUCGAAAAAUUCCACGGUGUGCAACACAUCCGAAAGCAGUAUUAAUAUCGGUAGUACAUUCAGUUUAGGGUUAAACACGCCUGCCAUUAAGUCACAAAAUAACUGGACAAAAUUCGAAUAA